UUCUCUCGCUCAGUUUAUGCCCGGAGGUACGUACAUGUAUGCAAGGAUGUGUUACGUAUUGUACCGCAUUGGGGUUAACUGUGAUUCCGCUUAGCAUUGUUAUCAAGGAGAGAACGGAGGAGAAGGGAGAUCUUAUAAUGCACAAUUUCUAAAGGGCUCAGAGAGAAGUAACAAUGACUGAAAGCAAACUGUAAAUUAGUGAUAUGUAUAUAUAAGGCUAAGAGAUCUGCCUUUUCCUCCAUUAUGCUGGCUAUGUUUAGUUUAAUUGAAAAUCAUUCAAUCUCAACAAAUAUCACAUCUUCGAACGAACGAAUCUACAACAACAAACAAAUUCUCAAUGUAUUUUUUUUUUAAGGCAUAACUACAAACACUAUGGUGAUAGCUUAGUAAUGUGCCUUUAUCUUCGAUAUUUCAAGUUUACUAUGACAGAUACGUCUUGACACAUUUUAAAGAAAUUGUGGUACGUUUCUCAACGAUAUAACCAUAAAAAUGGAUAGCUCAGAAUACGAAAUGGUGAGAAACAUGACUCUCCUCUUUUUCUUUGAACGACUGAUGGAUAAGGGUGGCCCGCGCACACUGCACGAUCUGAGUUGCCAGUUUGGGGCUAAAGGAUUUACAAAGGAAAUGCGUCAAAUAGCAGGCGGAUCGCAAAGUGGCCUUAAAAAAUUUCUAGCUCAAUAUCCAGCACUGUUCCUGAUCGAUGGCGAUUACGUGUCUGUCAAUACGUUUCAGCCAGUUGUUGAGGAGGAUAGCGGAAGUAAAGUGGGCAAACGCGACUACGCUCGUGAGGCGGUGGAAUACUUUACAAAUAAACUGUUGCAAUAUGGGGUGGGCACUGAGGUGCCUAUCAAGAGUCUUCUGGGUCAUCGAUCGCAAGCUUCACCGGAAGUCAGACACAUAUCCGGUCAACACUACAAGGAAUUUCGUGAUUUUCUGUUAAGGUACCCCGAUGCAUUUUUAGUCACUGAAGAUAAUGUAAUACUGAAGCAAUAUGAAGGCAUGAAACCGGAACCUUUUCACGAGCUAGAACCGGACAUCCCGAUAGAUCCGGAUGUUACAGCAAAACUGCUAGACUUCUUCUGCGCCUGUAUCGAGCAGAAAGGACCAAUUCUUAUAGAUAAGUUAUUCAAUACAGUCAAUGAGAAAUUCUCCCAUGAGAAUUGGACGAGUAUAUUUAAGACGCCACAGGAUCUAUCUACUUUUAUAAAGAUGUUUCCAGAUGCUUUUCACGUGCAAACAAAUCUGGUAACAUUGAUAGGACGACCAAAAUCUUCAGUUACAGAAUCUGUAACCGCAAAACCGAAGACCACAGGCGGCAAUCAACGCAAUCAAAGCAAUAGUGCGCUUCACACAAAUAAUGCGAUAUCGGUCGUUUCACCGAGUAAAAUUCAAUUUUCUCAGUUGCCUCUAAAUCAGUCGGAGACUGUUUGCAACAAUACCGCAUCUCAACACAAUUCACUGCAAAAUGCACACACCAGCGUGGAAAGCAAUAAUAAUUCGCCACCUGUUAGUUUGCAACAACAGACUCUCAAGCAGAGAUUCAACACAAUCGUUAUGAGAACUCUGGCUGAUAAUACGGAACGAGAUCGCAGUCUACAAGCCGCUCAAAUGGGUGACGCGUGGAAACUAAAAGUGUUACAGCAGACGAGAGUGAUAGCGACGUCGCGAGAGAGUCUUCAAAUUAUAGAAGAUAUAAUAAACCCUCGGAAGUCUCCACCUGAUGGCAAAGUGGUCGUUUCUUUCGAUUGUGAGGGUAUAAAUCUUGGUGUUAAGGGACAAUUGACUCUUGUACAAAUUGGUACAAUGAGUGGUCAAGCAUAUGUGUUUGACUUGUUUACAUGUCCGAGUAUUGUUCAAGCUGGAGGUCUUCAGAAACUAUUGGAACAUCCACAAGUUAUCAAAGUGAUUCAUGACUGUAGAAAUGACAGUGUCAAUCUGUACAAUCAGUUCAUGAUUACAUUGACAAACGUGUUUGAUACACAGGCUGCGCACGCGGUUCUUCAGUUUCAAGAAACGGGAAAACCUGUGUAUAAAGUUAAAAAUGUUAAUCUCAAUACUCUGUGCGACCUCUACGGUGCUCCAUGUAAUCCGCUUAAAGAACAAUUGAAGAAUAUUUAUCGCAAAGAUCAACGCUAUUGGUCUCGACGACCUAUGACUCGCGACAUGUUGAUUUACGCGAGCAGUGACGUUUUGAGUCUUGUUCCUCAAGUUUACAGCGCCAUGUCUAGACUUAUAAAGCCGGAAGUACAAGGUCUUUUUGCAGAGUUGUGCGAAGAACAGAUUCAAAUGCACAUAAGACCAGCGGAUGUGAAAGCACGCAAGAAGCAGCGAAAAGUUGAGACCGAAGUGGCAGAUUUGAAAAAGAGAAUGGAAGAAGCUACGAGUAAAAAUAUCGUACUGAGCAAUCGCGAAAUUCGGCUUCUACGUUACUUGGAUCUUACCGAAGAAGAAAAAGAAAAGCUCAAAGGGAGUUAUAAAGUUGCACGAAAACUGGAAAAGUUAGAGAACAUGGGUCAGGAUAAAGGUGAUAGCAGUGAUGAUGACGACGAGGAUAAAACGGACGAUCACGAGUAUCAGAGUUUGGAGAGUUAUACAUCAGACAAUUCUCAUUCCGGCGGUAUAUUGUCGCCACGUAACGCUGACACUCCAAGCUUGACUGAGUCAAUGCAAAUGGUAGAUGAGAUACUCUCGGACGGUCGGAUGGAUAAGCUGGAAAAAAUUGAGAAACUGGAAGCCAUACUAUCAGCUGUUACGAGCUGUGCGACUGAUCAGUUUUCCAGCAACAGUGCAGACGCAUCGCCUAGCAAAACAUGCACGUGCAUGUGCGAGAGCGACAAGACCGAUAGUUCGCGGACAGAUCGCCAGGUUGCCAGGACUAGUGUGGCCUGCCAAACGCUUAGCACUGGUGAUAUAGUAAUUACUAGAAUCUUUACCAACGAGGAAGAAAAAGAGAGAGUAAGAUUACUGAAUUCGCCAAAAAAGUAGGUAUUACAGCUGCUAUGAAAGUAGUACAAGAGUUGCCAUUUAUAGAUUUUUUUAAAAGGGAACGAAUUCACAUGAAAAGAAUUAAGUAGGUGAAAUUUCUCUAUUUUAUGUAAUAUAACAAUAUUCACACCGAGCAGAACUGGCGAUAGUCAUAGUGUUAUGCUUUCUGACGUCUCUGCUCCUUUAAAAGUGUCUUAAACAAAUAGGCCUUGUUAUGCUCGCCUUUUCAAAUCUGACAGUGUAAUAAUCAGAUUUCUGAAAAAAGGUUUAUUAAUUUUUAUAUGAAGAUGUAUCGUAUACAUAUUCGUUAUUUGUGUGAAGAUCAUCUUUCUUUUACAUGUAUUUAAGAAAGACCGAAUCGUCUUACAUGGAAAAUAGAAAAAGUCAACUUUUAAUAGAUGUAAUUUUAUUCUUGACAAAUUGCAGUUUGUAAUAUUUUAC